AUGACCACCAAUGUGCGGGAAAUCCUGUCGAAAGACAAGAGAGAGAUGAGAAAGAUCUGGGUUGCUAAGAAAGUGAAGUGGAUCAUUUUUGACAAGACCACACAAAUUAGGUACAUCUGUCAUGUCUGGAGAUCAAUGGAUUAUGGAGAUGUUAUGGGAAAGCUGUGA